CUUUCAGUCGUCCCAGGUAUCUGAAGGUCUUCAUCAACCCCAGCAGCCACAAGAAGGAGUCAGUGCACAUCUACAGAGAACACGUGGCUCCGCUCUUCAAGAUGGCCGACGUCCGCACCGACAUCACGGUGACGGAGAGAAAGGGUCAUGCUCUCUCAGUGAUGAAGGAAUGCAAACUGGAUGAAUAUGAUGGGGUGGUGUGUGUUGGCGGUGACGGCUCGGUGGCGGAGCUUUGUCACGCUCUGGUCCUCAGGGCUCAGCUGGAUGCAGAUUCCCCAGAGAAACCGGUGAAACCAGUGCUGCCGCUGGGGAUCAUUCCUGCAGGCUCCACAGAUGUGGUUUCCUGUUCUGUGCAUGGAGUUAGAGAUCCGGUCACAGCAGCGCUCCACGUCGUCCUGGGUCACCAGCAGCAGGUGGACAUGUGCAGCUUCUCGUCUCUCGGUCAGUUGGUGUGUUUUGGUUUCUCCGCCAUGUUUGGCUUCGGCGGGCGGAGCUUAGCGCGGGCGGAGAAGAAGAGGUGGAUGCCGUCAUCGCGGCGACGAGAGUACGCCCUUAUCAAGACGCUGGCAAGACUCAAACCGGAGGACUGUCAGCUGUCGUUCCUCCCAGCGAAGACAUCAACCCGGAGUCUGUCUAAACAUCGAGACGAGGACCAGGAUCUGGACCAGGAUGCAGAGGAGACCUGGACGACCAACCGGGGCCUGUAUCUGAACAUCAGCGUCAUGUCCAUCCCCUGUCUGACUCCACAUGCUCCUCGAGGACUGGCUCCUAACACCAGUUUGGCCAAUGGCAGCGCAUCGCUGAUCGCAGUGGGAAACACUUCCAGGUCAGAGUUCGUCAAACACCUGAAGAGAUACAGCAGCUCCAGUGGACAGUUCAGCUUCUCCUUCGUGGAGACGCACGACGUGUCAGCGGUGAGAGUCCGCCCCCGCUCACUCGUUGGCUGGUCGGAGGAGGAAAGCGAGGAGGAGGGCGACUCCAAAACAACGCCCAUCAUCCAAUCAGAGGGAGCCGCCUUCCCCUGGAAUAUUGAUGGAGAGCUGGUGGAGAUCGCUAACGAAGUGCUCAUCAGGGUCCACCCACGGCUCAUCACGCUGUACGGGGACGAGGUGGAUGAAACCGAUACAACCAUCACCUGCAGUUGCAUCUGAUCCCAGCACAGCUUUAAUGUUGGCCCAAGAUGCAUCGCCAUGGUAACAGUGACUCAGCAGUGCCCUGUAGCUCGUUGCGUUGUCAACAGCAACGAGAAAAUCUUGUCCAAGUUUUAUUAAAAGUAGCAAAAAGGUGCAAAACAUUUUCGCAGUAGUUGAUCAUUUAAUCAAAGAUUGAGUUCUGCAGCUUUAUUAAAAAACACGUUAACUCAUUUAGAACUUUAACUGAGCUUUUUAAGUGUUUGACUUCUUUAACUGAUUGAAAUGGUUUAUAUUCAAAUGAAUGUUUACAUUUUUCUAUAUUGUAAUUUGGCGGCCGGCUUCUUUCAACUGAUCUGACUUUAAUUUGCGCUGUAUUGGGUUUUAUUUUUUACAAGUUUGAAUUUUCAAUUCAUGUCGCUCAGUGUUUGUUUCUACAUCAGUGAUGAGAAGCUCUGGUGGAAUAUUUCUUUUUUAAAAACAAAUUUUUACUCAUGUGAAAUGUUUAAUUGACUCUAGUUGUAACAUUAACCUGUGAAAUUACAAAACAAUUAAUCAUAGUUAAUAAUGUCAAACAUAUAGAAAUGAUUAUCGAACAUAUUCAUGAUGAAUCACUGUAAAACUUUUAUUUUUCAAUAUAUAAAAAGCUGUUUGUAUUCAACUUGGCUGUUUUAAUGUCAAAGCUUUGUUAUUGAGAUCAUAUAUAUUUUUUAGAGUAACGCCUGUGAACAUGAGAAAAAGAAAUAGUACAAGUUGUUGCUUAAAUAGAAAAUCUUUUUUUCUUUUUAAUAGACGUGUUGAUACAAACAGUGAGACUCUCCAGUGCAGAACAACUUGACAUGAACAAAAACACAAUAUUAAAACAUUAAAAACUUCCGUGUGUGAUGUGCUUUUGUACUGAGCCGAUAAAAAGGGAGGAAGCUGUUUUAAACAUCUGUAUUCACAGAGCACAGACCGUUCAAACAAAGCUUUUUAAUACUUUUAAUAACUCAAACGUUUUUUAAAAGCCAAUUUACAAAGAGUCGCCUAUGAUUCAACACCGUGGCUCAAUGUGUUGCUCUGUCACUGGUUCAGUUAAGACAGUUUUUUUACAAACCAGGGUGAAAAACCAAGAAACCACACCUGAGUUUCCCUGAACCACCUCCUCUGACAUCACUCACUUCUUUCUCAUCUGCAGGAUUUCAGAGCAUCUUAAAAAUCGCUUAAAUAAAUAAGUCCUGUGGGCGUGUAGAGACAGACAGCAAAUAAAGACGAUAAACAAAGUCACUGGAGUCAAACAGCGAAAAGCAUUCAAGCCGGACUUCAUGUCACAUGAUAUGUUGGCUGAGGGGAUAAACAAUCACUCCUGCUUCAGUGCCACCCGGCCGCACAUUGUUCUCUGGUUUGUUUUGGCACAGGAUUGUUUUCCUGAAUUGAUGUCAGUGGAAAACAAGCAACAGUUACAACAGUGGAAUCAGACUGACCGAGCGUUCAGGCUCGUUCACACCAGAGACUGGAAGCAGAAAUUCACCCCCUGAUCCCAACAGGACUUUUCGUGGAUGUUUGUGUUUCCAUCUUUUAUCCUGUAAGUUUUCUAAAGGACCAUUACGCCCUCAUAUAACACGAGGCGGAAUAUCUGCGGAAACAGGAACGACAGCGGUUUAAACGUUGUGUACGUAGAAUAUGACAUUUUUUAUGUUUUAAGUGCAACGUGGCUCAUGAAGGAAAAAUGUGAUUACUAUUAUUAAUCCUAAAAUAUCCUGAGGCUCAAAAAAAAGCACCAAAUGGAGCGAAACCCUGCGAAGCUAAUUCAGGCAGCCAACUCGAGCUGCGCUGCUCCAAUCAUGUGACACACAUCAUGUGACACACCUCAUUCUCCGCAAGCAUCGAUAAUACACACCCACCUUAUUAGGCGGCCUAUUUAAGCAGAGAGACAUUUCCCAUCAACCCCUUUGCUCGUCACUCUCAUCACAUCUGUGUAAUCAUAUCGGGGGAUUCAGUCGGAGCCUAGACUCCAAACACAAACUAUGUUCUACUGCUGCAAUAAACAUUUGGACGUGAGUUGUCUGACCGAACUGUCCGUUAUCAUCUCGAUGGUCCACCACGGACGGGAAAGAUGGAUUUGGGUCGUCGAGCUCUGUCUCAUGAUUGUCUGCAGUUUAACGAACCGCUCCCUGAAAGCUCAGCAGCGUCCGGAGGGAUCACUGUUGUUCAACGCUUCAAAUUCUCAUCAUCGAAACAUGAAUUUACACAAACAAAUCCACCGAUCGGGACAUUUGAGUUCAGACGCUGCCGGGACAAGAAGCUCAAACAAACAAAUGCCACAAGUUCUGAUAUUCACUGUGAAAUCUGCAGCCUGAGAUCUGAACGGUUAGACUGCAUCCACAUCCUCAUGU